AUGAUAUCGAUAAUCAUUCGUGAAGUUUGCCUAGCUCAUAAUGAAAUUCUAAAGGAUCUCGUUAAGAUGCCCACCACAGCAGAAGGAUGGCUUAAUAUAGAAGAAGGAUUCAGGGCUAAAUUUCCACAUUGCUUUGGUGCAUUGGAUUACAAGCAUGUAGUCAUUGAAUGCCCAACGCACAAUGGAACAAAGUAUUUCAAUUAUAAGAAAACUUUUAGCAUUGUCCUUUUGGCUUUAGUGGAUAGCAAAUACAAAUUUGUAUUCGCAGACAUCGAGAAUCAAGGAAGGAAAAGUGACGGCGGCGUCUUUAAUAAUUGUUUACUAUGGAAAAGAAUAAUUAGAAACGAGAUAGAUUUUCCACCACCAUUUCCACUUCCAGGAUCCAAUAUUAAUAUUCCAUACGUGUUUCCAUUGAGUCAAAAAAACCAUGAAGUAGGCUCACCAAAAAGGUUAUUUAACCAAAAUUUAUCUAGAUCCCGAUCCCUGUUGUAG